ACUGAUGAGGACAUAGCAAGAUUGCAAGCGCUUCCUCUUGUCGAUGAUCCCCUACCAAGUUCUCCAAUCCCCACUAGCACUCAAGAACACACACGUCCCACGAGUUCGCGUGGUUUUGAAGCUAUCCAGUCUAUUAGUACUGCGGUCCAAGAUAGCCCUCAUGCCGCUUCACCAGCAAUCAUAACAGGGAAUACUGGAACCGAGAGUGCCGCCGUUACCGAAACCACCGUCGAUGAAAUUCCUCUCGAUGCGACUUCGUGUGAAGUUUCGGCGCCUAUGCUACUGGAACCUGCAGUUUCCCCCGAGGAGUUUUUCGAGUUCCAGCUUCCCGACUGUUAUACAGUCUCUGAGUUACAAAAUUUUUACAGCAACCAGACGGUGGACAAUUUUUCGAAUCUCGAACAAGCGUUUUUAGAAGAGACUUCAUUGGAUGCUGUUUCCCUGGCGUCGUUUUCAGCGGAGACUAACCCCACACAGUCCCAGCGACCUGCGGUUGACGCGAAAAUUCCUCUUCAUGAACAUCCUCUUUAUCGUCUCAUUUGCACUCAUGCAUAUGAUCGUGUGGCUUGGCACCGUUCAAUAAAUACAUGCCGCCAGAAGCAGGGAAGCGUCUCUCAGCAAGAGCAAGCAGCAUGGACACUAGAAAGACUUACGCAGCAACAAAUGAACAGAGGCAAUGCCAGUGUGCAUGAAGAAAACAGGGAUGCUCUUGGUGAUGGCGGUGGCGUCGGCGGCAGCAAUGAUGACAAUGGUGGUGAAGGUGGUGGAGAUGAUUUUUAG